AUCAAAUUCGGUCCUUCAAUGAUUGAAUAAAUGAGUUCGCGGCAUACAUGCAACUCAAGGGUAAAAUCCCGGGUCUUACGUAAUUGCAUAGCUUUUCAUCCAUGUCGUCAGUUUUUAUGUAGUCUUCGUGUAUAAAAAUCCCUUUGCUCUCUAAGUGUUAAAAUCUCUUCAACAUCCUUAAGCUGUCAGGAAAGCAUAUUGUAAAUUCUCUAACUUGCUGUGAAUAGAAUCGUCUGCUUUCAAGAGGAGAGGAAUGGUCGCGAAAAUAAGUUUUCUUUACCAGCCGUUGGUGUCCAUUUGUCUUUUGCUAUAUAUCUGGCUGUUAGAAGAAGCAAAUCUAAUACUAGCCGUUUCUGCGUCCCCCAGCUCUGAUGUCUGCCAGACACCCAAAUGCUUCCAAGCAGCUACUGCCAUUGUGUCUAAUAUGGAUAAGACUUCGGAUCCUUGCGAGGACUUCUACCAGUUCACCUGUGGUAAUUGGUUGAAAAGAAAUGAAAUUUCUGAGGACGAAGAAUUCGUUUCCGUUGAUUCUAAAAUCGAAGCUGAACGUGACGACACUAUUAGAGUUCUAUUAGAAAAAGAGUUGACAGGAACGGAACCAGAUUUCAUUGUCAAGCUGAAAGCAUUGUACGACUCAUGCACGGAUAGCGAAAGGAGGGAAGUGGAGGGUAUCGAACCUCUGAAGAAAGCUCUGAAGAAACUAGGAGGUUGGCCGGUUGUGGAAGGAGGAAACUGGGAUGAAACCUCCUUUGACUGGAUGAAUACUACAUUUCGUCUGCGCGAGAUGGGCCAAAAUGACGACACUCUUGUAACCAUGUAUGUUAACGAGGACUUCAGGAACAACACGGUUAACAUCAUAGCAUUGCUCCAGCCCGAUUUAGGUAUACCAGCUAAUGAAUAUCUGCUAGGUUUAACAAAUGAUAACAUCGCAGAUAUUUACUUCAGAUUGAUGGUUGCAGCAGCUAACUGGAUGGGUGCAAACCAAAGUACCUCGGAACAAGAACUUCGGGAGGCUUUCAAUUUUCAAAUCAUGCUUGCUAACUUCAGUGUACAGGAACCAAUGCGGAACCGCAGUGAUAUGUACACCACCGUUGAGCAAUUGAUGACUGAUGCACCACAGAUUGACUGGCUUCGGUUUUUCAAUGGACUACUAGAUAACGGAAUCAGUGAAAAUGCUACCUUGAUGAAUUAUGCUCCAGAAUAUACCAUCAAGUUUGCUGAUUACAUCACAACGGUAAACAAAAGAGUGGUGGCUAACUAUAUGAUGUGGAGAGUUGUUCUAAAAUCUUUUCCCUAUUUAUCAUGUGUUUGGAAGUCUCUGCCUCAAGAAUACGUCUCAGCGAUCACAGGGCAAGUGAAAGACAAGCCACUCUGGAAAAGUUGCAUUUCUACCCUAUUUAGCGAAAUGGGACUGGCCCUCAAUUCCUACUAUGUGCGAAAUUACUUCAAAGAAGAAAGCAAGGAUAUUGCCUCAGAGUUAGUUGAGUACGUUCGUCGUGAAUUCAAGAAUAUGUUAGAAAGUAAUGAGUGGAUGGAUGCAACGACUAAGGAAAAGGCAGUGGAAAAGGCAGCAGCCAUGGCAGCAUAUAUUGGAUAUCCAAAAGAACUUUUGAACGAUACUCUACUCUCUGCUUUAUAUACAGACUUACACAUGAGCAACGGGAGUUAUUAUGACAACACAAUGGAGUUGAACAGAAGAUCACAUAACAAGGAGACUUCAAGACUUUACAAAGCUAACGCAAAACCGGGUUGGACGAGUCACUCAGGUGCAGCUGAUAUUUAUUCCUGGUAUAACAUAAUGGAGAAUAGCAUAGGUUUUCCCGCAGGAGUUUUCCAGCUUCCCUACUUCGACAAGGAUCGACCUUACUACCUGAAUUUUGGAGGAAUCGGUUCCAAGAUUGGGCGAGAAAUUACUCAUGGAUUCGAUAAUGUUGGUUGGAAGUAUGAUAAGAACGGUAAUAAUGUGGACUGGUGGGAACCAGCAUCAAAUCAGAUUUUCGAACAGAAAGCCCAGUGUUUUAUUGAACAGUACUGUAACUACACUGUUGAGAACUGUGAUCUGCUAAACAGUGAUGCUGAAACAACAGCGUUAAGUGAAAAUAUAGCUGAUAACGGAGGUCUGAAAGCAGCUUAUCUGGCCUAUCAGUCAUGGACAAGAGUAAACGGAACAGAACCAUUGCUCCCAGGACUAAAUUUCACACAAAACCAGUUGUUUUGGAUCGGUGCAGCAAACAUAUUGUGCGAGAAAUCCAGACCAGAAUCUAUGAAGAUUUCUAGUUUGACUUUUCCACGUAUUCCAGGCCAGUUUAAAGUGAUAGGACCCAUGUCUAAUCUACCGCAAUUUGCCCAAGAUUUUCAGUGCUCAGAAGGUACAAGAAUGAAUCCAACAAACAAGUGCGAAGUUUGGUAGAAAAAUCAAGUGAAUAAAUUCAAAUUCCUGAAAAGAUUUUAUUGAUGUAACUUACUUUAGCUGUGAAAUGUGGCACAAUGAUACAUGUUCGCAUGUAGUACCCAUUACCAGUAAAGUCUGAAAUCCUUGUUCAACUGUAAACAAAAUAAAAUGUUUAAACUAUUA